GCGAAAGCCGCGUCAAGGUCUGACUGGCUACGCUACACAGCAGAGGAAAUGCAAUGACGGCUCUGCAUUACGCAGGACUCAAGGCCCUCACGCCCGCAGACCCCUACGUCACGCUACCUCCGCACCUCGCCUCCGAAACCGCCGCCACCGCCUCACACCACCAGCACCCGCAAGGCCCACCCAGCCGGGCGGCGCUGCCGCCGCUGCGGCGUGUGCCGCUGCUGCUGCACCUGACGGAGCUCGACCUGAGCGGCGCGGGCGCGAGGUCGCCCGCACUGGUGCAGUUCCCGGUGGCCAUCGAGCGGCUGCAGGCCGCCGCGCCCAACCUGCGCCUCUUGCGGCUGGACGCGGUGGGCUCCGCAACCUACUUCAGAGGUUUGGAGCUGGGCCCUGCGCCCGCAACCCUUGGGCCCGGCUUCCCUCGACUGCGUGUGUGCGAGCUGGGUCUGUCCCGCGCCACGUCCACCCAGGACCAGACGCCGGUGCAGAGGCGCGGCAGCACCCUGGAGCUGCUCAGGCGCACGGUGGGCGGCUCACCAGCACUGAGGUGCCUGGACGUCAGCGGCGCGAUGGGCCUGCUGGACCAGACCGCCAUCCAGGUCGCCGUCUUGGACUCCGCAUCGCCCUCCAUCGCCGCCUUCACCCGCGGCGUGUUGCAGCAGGACGGCGGCCCGGACGUGGCUGCGGCCUUCGGGGCCGCCCGGGCCGCCGGCGCCUGGGUGAGGCGGCAGGGGGAUGGGCGCGCAGACGAUGACGAGAAUGGGGAGGAUGAGGAGCGGGAGGCGCUGCUGGCUGCUACUGCCGCAGCCGACGUACUGGAGGCAGCAGAGGCCGCGCUACUGCGCGCGUCCGGCGCUGCUACCGGUACUGCUUCCGGGAGUGGCGCUGCUGCGGCAGCUACUGCCACUGCCAGCCGCGGCGGCGCUAGUGCUGCGGGACGGGGCGCGGUGCACGGCGCGCCUGCUUCCACGCUGAACCUCCGGAUGCCGGGCGACGGCGACUGCCGACUGCGGCUGUGCGCCAGCCUGCGCCCCGCGCUGCGGGCGGCUCUGGUGGGUCCGCUGCGGGAGCUGCGCGCCAGUCGGUCGGUGCUGGCGAGCGACGCCGGACUGCACGGCCUGGCGCGGCUGCUGGGGGGCACGCUGCAGGUGUUGGACGUGAGCGAGAGCACGCACGUGACGGACGCGGGUCUGCUGCACGUGGCGUACGGCUGCACCGCCCUGCGCAGCCUGGACGUCAGCGCCACGGGCAUCACCGACUGGGGCGUGCGCCGACUGAUGGCGCUGGCGGGGCCGCCGCCGUUACAGCAGCAGGGGCAGCGGGCUGGAGGGGCGGCGGCGGGCGCUGCGGGCGCCGCGGUGUCGGGGUCUUGGGCGGGGCAGCAAGUGGUGCGGAGGCGGAGGAGGCAGGGCGUGAUUGACCUGGUGUCAGACAGCGGCGGUGACGACGAGGAUGAGGAUGUUCAGGCAGGGUGUGGCGGUGGUGCGCUGGGUGGCAAUGCAGUGAGUGCAGGAGCGGGUGUAGGCUGCAGGCGCCUGACGUACCUGGACAUCAGCAAGUGCCGCGGCGUGGACCGGGCAACUCGGCACGCGGCGGCGGAGGGGCUGCAGCAGCUGAGGCAGCAGCUGGGGCUGUGGGCGACGACAUGAGAGGAGGCUGGUGGAUGAGUUGUCCGCAACUGGCCAGUGCUAGCUAGAGU